CGCCCUGGCGGCGCCCGCUGCGCCUGGGGGGUGAGCCUGGAGCGCGGCCCCAAGCCGGGUUUCGGGUGAGGCUCUCCGAACGCCCCGUGCGUUUUCUGCAGACAACCCUCGUGACGAUUGAGAAAACCCACCCUCAGUGUUGCUUGUUUCUAGACGGGAGCAGUGAAGAGAGAGUGAAUGUUGCCUUCUAUGUGUGGGGCUAUUUCUACCCCUCUCAAGGAAGGAAACGCUUUGCUUAGUGGUAUGAAAAACAUUUCUUCUGACCCCACCCUCGGUCAUUACGACGGUGUUUCUAUAAAGUCUAGAGUUCUGGUGGUACAGUGGUUAAGAGGUCGCUGGAGUUCAAAUCCACCACACACUCUGUGGCGACCCUGUGGGGCAGCUCUCCUCUGUGCUGUAAGGUCGCUCUGAGUUGAAAUCAACGGAUUUGGGUUUUUUUUUUUUUUUCUUUUCUUUUGGCUAAAGUCUAGAAACUUUAUAAAGCGGUUUGUAGAAUCACAAUAAUGUAUACCCCUGGCAAGUUAAUAUAACUUUUUUGUCAAGUCAGAUAAUCUGAGUUAAAUGACUUGAGUUCCUUUAUUAAAGGUCAUAAUUAUAAAUUGUUUUUAUGUGCAUUUAUUUAUUCAGCUAAUAUUAUUCAGCAUCUUUUGUGUGCAAGCCCUUAAGGAAUUUACAGCCUCGAGAAGACGUGUUAAAAGUUUAAGGAGAUAAAAAGGGGCCCACAACCACAAUUCAGAACUUUCAGAGAUGGUACUUCCAGCAAAGUAUUUUAAAAAUUAACGAAAGCCAGAGAAGCAUCAUUAGAGCUAAACCUUUAAGGAUGGAUGGGCAGAGAGGAUUUGUCCUGUUUCAUUUUUCAGACAUUUUAGAAAACAUGCCCUUGAGAAAGCGAUCUUAAAUAUAAGUUUUGAAGCUGAGAUUGUCUUACAUUUUAUUGCCUUUUUUUUUUUUUAAUUUUUCUUUUUCUUUAAUGGGUAAACAGGCAGGGUUCAUAACAAGAAUAGAGACAGUUGGGCUGGAUUUGUUGUGCCUUAGGAUAGAAUUAUUUUAUAUAUAUAAAACCCACCCAAAUAUAGAAGGAUUUAUACAAUAGUGAGAAGACUCCUGACCUGGUUUCUAGCUUAAUCUCCUCCACUACCAUUUAUGGGAUUUUAGUUCUCUUUCAUUUUACUUUAAUGACAGAAAAUACGUAACUCCAAAGUAAGUUUUUAGAUUUUUUUUUUAACUAUACAACUAGUGAAUACUUUCUCAAUGGGAAAAAAAGUUAAAGUACCUUUCACUUGUUUUUAACCAAUGCACCUACCUUUCUUUCUUCCAGCUGUAUUUCAAAAAGGGAUUGAGGUACAACAACGAAAUAAAUAAAAUUUAGGGGGAAAAAAAGGAAUUGAGGCAGUUUAUAACCUUUAUGUGCUUCUAUUAAUUACUUUAUGUAUAGAAUAAGGGAUUAAACUCAGAAUGUUUUCAGUUACCUCGUAUUCUGAAAUUUAUUUUAUUCUAAAUUUUGGUUAACCUGUAUAGUGACAUUUAAAUGAAUGACAACAACAAAAAGCUGUAUUGAGUUUUCUGUGUUUCAUUAAUUAUCCAUAGCAUCAUAGAAGGGUUUGAACAGUUUUAAUGGGACUAUUGUUCUUUGAUUUUAGGACUCACAUCUUUUUAAGAAGACAUGGAAAAAAUUAUUAUUAAAUUUUGUUUAAGAAAUGAGUUCACUGGGGCCUGGUGGUUUAGUGGUUAAUUUGCUCAGCUGCUAACCAAAAGGUCAGCGGUUUGAAUCCACCAGCUGCUCCUUGGAAAUCAUAUGGGGCAGUUCUGUUCUGUCCUAUAGGGUUGCUGUGAGUCGGAGUUGACUCGAUGGCAAUGGGUUUUGGUUUGAAAGGAAUUUGUAAGGACACCUAUGUCAUUUAAUUCGGUUUCUAAAGACCUUGUGUAGUCUGUAGAAAUAGGUCUAAAGUAAGGAUGGGCAAACUACACACUGUGAGCCAAAUCCAGCAUGCUGCCAGUUUUUGUAAGUUUUGUUGCAACACAACGGUGCUUAUUUGCAUUGUUUAUGACUGCUGCGGUGCUGGAAAGGCAGAGUUGAACAGAACGUGGGGUAUCCCUAGAUGCCACCCCCAUUCUCCUCAGGCCCUUUUUGAGCAUUUAUUAUUGCAGCUUACUAUGUACCACACACUGUUUUAACUGCUUUGCAUAUAUUAACUCUAUUAAUUCCUUGGAAAACCCCUGGGAGGGAGGGAUGAUUAUUACCCCCACUUUACAGAUGGCAGUACUGUUGUGACAGAGACUGUAUGACCUAAAGUGUUUCACUCUGGUCGUUACAGAAAAAAUUUGUCAGCCACUGGAUUAGAACCCUAAUCACUAAGUCUUUUGUAGGAGGAAAUAUGUUAGAUUCAGUUUUAAUUCUUAAUCCUGCUUUGUCUUUAUUGUCAGAUAAACUCUUGUUGUUAGUUGCCAUGCAGUCAUCCCUACUCAUGGCAACCCCAUGUGUGCAGAUUAGAACUACUCUUUAUGGUUUUCAAGGCCAUGACCUUUCAGAAGCAGGUCACCAGGCCUGUCUUUUAAGGAACCUGUAGGUGGGUUCAAACUGCCAACCUUUAGGCAGGCAGGUAGUCAAGUGCGUAACCUUUUGUACCAUCUACAGACUUCUUUUGUUAAAGGAAAUAGGUUAAAAUUCAGUUUUAAUUCUUAAUCCUGCUUUUUCAUUGUCAUGUCAGAUAAACUGUAGGAUCCCAUGAAUGCUGUGGGUACUAUAUGUAUAACGACGGAGGAACAACGUGGCUUUUUUGCUACAUCUACCUAGUAUAAAGUUUUAUAAUUUUAGCAGUUCUGGCUCUUUGGAAAGCUAGAGAGAGAGAUUGGAUUGUUAUGUUUAUCUAAUACUUUUAUAAUUUUCAGUUGUAAUUUAGAUGAGGUGUGGAAUUUCUUGUUCAUUUAGUAAAGAUCUGUUUUUAAUGUAUGUGGUAUUUAUCAUAAGCAACAAGGAGGCCUGGUGAUACAAUGGUUAAGUGCUUGGCUGCUAACUGGAAGGUCCGCGGUUCGAACCCACCAGCCACUUCUCAGGAGAAAAGACCUGGUGAUCUGCUCCUGUAAAGAUUUCAGCCUGGGAAACCCUCUCUGUAGGGCAUUUCUGCUCAGUCCUAUAGGGUCACUCUAAGUCAGAAUCAACUCGACAGCACUUAACAACAUCAUAAACAACAAUAAAUUACUUAGAAUGUUUUCUUAAAUAUGAAUCUAGUGAUAUAGCAGUUGAUCAGGCAGAUUAUUAAAAUUGUAAUUGUAAGUGUGAAAUCACACGUAUGUACGGUAAGAGCCAAAUAAAAGAUUAGAACUGUCUAAACAGAUAGCCAGCAUUUCAAAUCUGGAGCAUAAACCCCGAAUCAUGCUUGGGUUUAAAAAAUUUUUAAUAGUACCAACUUUUUUGUUUCUAGAAAAGAAGCAUAGUAUAGCCAUGUUAAAGAACUAUGUUAAUGUUACAUGCCUAGGAAAUUAGAGCUGGUUUUGUGACACGGAAAGAAGGAAAACCCCGGGGGAGGUGAUAAUUCUAAAUAUUUAAAGCAUUGGAUAUGCUUUUGCUAAUCUUACAUGGUAUGGUCCUAAAUCACUAAGUAAAAUGUUUUAUAUAUCCGUACUUUUUCAGUACCUUAGUUAUCCAUAUUAUUGCCCAAGUAGUACUUCUCUGUGGAUAAAUAUACAACAGCAUUUAUAUCCUUUUUUGUUACAUUCAUAGGUUUCUGUAUGUCGAAUAUAUGCGUGCUUUGUAUUUUCGUCCUUAGAUGUAUUGACUGAGGUUUAAUGAGAAGAAUCGUGGCCAGAUAAAUUUUAUGCAAGGAAUGGAAUUAGCUCAUAGCUUACUGCUGAAUGAAGAAGCAUGCAGUCAAUUAGGUGAAGUUCAGAAGGCAGAGUUUAUUUUUGAGUGGUUGAGAUAUUUGGAGAAGCUCUUGCUAGCAAGUAGCAGGAGUGAUAUAAGGGAGAAACAGAAGACUCUUGUUGAACAGCUCCUGUCUUUGUUGAACAGCUCCCCGGGGCCUCCUACCCGAAAACUCCUUGCUAAGAAUCUAGCCAUUCUUUAUAGUAUUGGAGACACAUUCUCUGUUUAUGAGACAAUCAAUAAAUGUAAUGAUCUCAUUCGUAGCAAAGAUGAUUCUCCAAGUUACCUUCCCACUAAACUUGCUGCUGUGGUAUGUUUGGGUUCCUUGUACAAGAAAUUGGGUAGAAUAUUGGUUAAUACCUUCACUGAUACAGUGGGAAAUAUUCUUAAAGCUAUGAAGAGUGCAGAGUCUCAAGGUCGAUAUGAGAUUAUGCUAAGUCUGCAACGUAUAUUGAAUGGACUAGGAGCUGCCGCUGCAUCUGGCCACAGGGAUGUUUAUAAGGCUGCCAGAUCAUGCUUGACGGAUAGAUCCAUGGCAGUUCGCUGCGCUGCUGCAAAGUGUCUUCUUGAACUUCAGAAUGAGGCUGUCUUUAUGUGGAGCACAGACCUGGACAGUGUGGCUACACUGUGUUUUAAGUCCUUUGAAGGGUCCAGUUACGAUGUGCGGAUUUCCGUUUCAAAGCUGCUGGGCACAGUAUUGGCUAAAGCUAUAACUUCUGAACAUCCAGGAGCAGCAGCCUCACGUCAAAGCAUUCGCAGAGUAUCUCUGGAGGAAGUUCUGGAAUUGCUAGGAACAGGGUUUCUACGUGGGAGUUCAGGAUUUCUUCGAGCCAGUGGAGAUAUGCUGAAAGGAACCAGUUCAGUCAGUAGGGAUGUUCGAGUUGGAGUUACUCAGGCUUAUGUUGUAUUUGUUUCAACACUCGGUGGAGCUUGGCUAGAGAGAAAUUCUGCUGCAUUUCUGUCUCAUAUCCUAAGCCUUGUGUCGCAGUCAUACUCUAAAGCCACCCAAACCCAGAUUGAUGCUGUCUGCUCUCGCCGUUGUGUGUCAUUCAUCCUUCGAACUACUAUAGGAGGCCUUCUUGGAGAAAAAGCCCAAAUUGCUGCUGCCAAGGAUAUUUGCCAGGCCGUCUGGAAACAAAAGAAAGUUGUAGAUGCUGCAAUGAGUGAUGGUAACAUGGAAACCCGGCUUGGAUCCACAGAUGUAGCAGCCAGCCAGAAUAUGCUGGUAUGUGCUUUACAAGAACUCGGAAAUCUUAUACACAGUCUCAGCACCACAGCUGCACCUUUGCUACAAGAUUCAAGUGCAGGCAUUCUUGACAGUGUCAUUUCAGUUAUUCUUCAUCCUAGCAUAUCCGUUCGACUAGCAGCAGCUUGGUGCUUACACUGCAUUGCUGUGGCAUUACCUUCCUACCUAACACCACUCUUAGACCGUUGCCUCGAACGACUUACUAUACUUAAGACUUCACCUGAAGCAGUGACUGGCUUUAGUUUUGCCGUGGCAGCUUUGUUGGGAGCAGUGAAACAUUGUCCUUUAGGAAUUCCUCAUGGAAGGGGCAAGAUUAUUAUGGCAUUAGCAGAGGAUUUGCUAUGUUCUGCUUCUCAAAACAGUCGCCUUUCAGCUCAGCGCACGCAAGCUGGAUGGCUGUUGAUUGCCUCUCUGAUGACACUGGGUCCUGCGGUUGUCAGUCACCACCUUGCUCGAGUUCUGCUGUUGUGGAAGUGUGUCUUUCCAGUAUCUCCUAAAGAUUUAGAAACGGAGAAAAGCAGAGGAGAUUCAUUUACCUGGCAGGUAACCUUGGAAGGACGAGCUGGUGCACUCUGUGCUAUUAAGAGCUUUGUUUCCCACUGUGGUGAUCUCCUGACUGAGGAAGUAAUUCAGCGCCUUCUUCCACCACUUCCUUGUGCUGUGGAUUUGCUAACUCAGCUUACUUCAAUACUAAAAACAUAUGGAAGUCCUUUGAAAACACCAUCAGUAGUUUAUAGACAAAGGCUUUAUGAACUAUUGAUUUUAUUACCUCCUGAAACCUAUGAAGGAAACCUCGGUGCUAUACUCAAAGAGCUGGCUGCUGACUUGACAGCCCCUGAUAUCCAGGUGGCAGCAUCUGCAUUUUUACUUCCACCCCUCUGUCAUCAGGAUGAUCUCUUGCUUUUGAGUCCUUUGCUACAAGAGACUGACCAUAGAUUUAUUGAAGAACAGCUCCUGCUUGGCAAUGGUGUUGCUUGUGGAAGUCUCGAGUACGACCCUUAUUCUAUAUAUGAGAAUGAUGUAGAGGGAGAUUCAGUGCCUAAGCCCCUACCUCCAACGCUGUCAGUUAUUAGCUCUGCAGUCAGGCUCUUUGGGGUUGUCUGUGCUCAUGUGGGAGAAGCGCAAAGGCUUCUUAUAUUGGAACAGCUUUUGGACAGUAUAAAGCACACGAAAGGAGCUCGUCAGCAAGUAGUUCAGUUACAUGUUAUUUCUUCAUUUUCAAGUUUUUUGAAGUACGUGGCUGGAUGCAGGGGAAGUUUAGGUCCAGAAGAAAUUAGAAGACCUGGGCUGAUGUUAGUGAUGGGAGCCCUAGAAAGUCCCAGCCCCCUUUUGAGAUGUGCUGCUGCAGAGGCAUGGGCUAGAUUAGCCCAAGUGGUCGAUGAUGGAGCUUUUACUGCCGGAUUAGCUCAAGUGAGCUUUGACAAAUUGAAGUCAGCAAGGGAUGUGGUUACCAGAACAGGAUACUCACUGGCUUUGGGAUCCCUGUAUAGGUAUUUAGGAGGAAUAAGUUCUUCUCAACACUUGAAUUCUUGUGUUGCAAUCCUUUAUACUUUGUCUCAGGACAGCACUUCUCCUGAUAUGCAGACCUGGGCACUACAUUCUCUAUCACUGAUAAUCGAUUCUGCUGGCCCACUCUAUCAUGUGCAUGUGGAACCGACACUUUCUCUUAUCAUAAUGUUGUUGUUAAAUGUGCCUCCUACUCAUGCUGAAGUUCACCAAAGUCUUGGUCGCUGUUUGAAUGCCCUUAUUACCACAUUGGGUCCAGAGCUACAGGGCAACAGUACUUCAGUUUCUAUCUUAAGGACUUCUUGCCUCUUGGGUUGUGCAGUGAUGCAGGAUAACCCAGACUGCCUUGUUCAAGCUCAAGCCAUCUCUUGCCUUCAGCAGCUUCAUAUGUUUGCUCCACGGCAUGUCAACUUGUCUAGCCUGGUCAGCUGUCUUUGUGAGAUCUUGUUGGAUAAUUCUGUGUUGGUGAAUCUCUGUAGUCCCUACUUGUUACUGAGAAGAGCAGUACUCGCUUGUUUACGUCAGCUCGUACAGAGAGAAGCAGCUGAAGUUUCAGAACAUGCUGUUUUGCUUGCCAAGGAGUACAGAGUGGAGUUGACUCCAGAUGCUAACAUCAGAGAAGUGGGCCUUGAAGGGGCACUAUUGACUUUACUAGACAAGGAAACAGAUCAGAGGUUAUGCCGUGAUAUCAAAGAGACUUUAAAUCAUAUGCUAACAUCUAUGGCCGUGGGAAAACUCUCCUUUUGGUUAAAACUUUGUAAAGAUGUACUCGCUGCAUCAGCUGAUUUUGCAGCCAUAACUUGUGUGGAUACAAUGCAAGAAGAGGAAGGAGAUAAAGGGGAUGAUGCCUCAGUUCUGACCACCAGAAAUGAUGAAAAAUCCCAUCCUUUUACCAAUCCCCGAUGGACUACCAGAGUCUUUGCUGCUGAAUGUAUCUGUAGGAUAAUUAACCAGUGUGAGAAUGCAGACAGUGCACAUUUUGACAUUGCUUUAGCACAAGAAAUGAAAAAAAGGGAUUCGAGAAAUGACUUUUUGGUGCUUCAUCUUGCUGACUUAAUUCGCAUGGCUUUUAUGGCUGCCACAGAUCACAGUGACCAGCUCCGUCUUUCUGGCCUUGAAACACUGUUAGUUGUUAUUCGGCGAUUUGCAACUGUUCCAGAACCAGAGUUUCCAGGUCAUGUGAUUCUGGAACAGUAUCAAGCCAACGUAGGAGCAGCACUUAGACCAGCCUUCGCUUCAGAGACGCCACCUGAUGUCACUGCCAAAGCAUGUCAAGUUUGCAGUGCCUGGAUCGCAAGUGGAGUUGUAAGUGACCUUAAUGAUCUUCGAAGAGUUCAUCAGUUACUUGUUUCAUCACUGACAAAAAUACAGGCUGGAAAAGAAGCUCCAAGUCACUUGUAUAACGAAAGUGCUUCUACCAUGGAGAUCUUAGCUGUACUAAAAGCUUGGGCAGAGGUCUACAUAAUUGCUAUAGAAAGACAAAAAAAAUACAAACAGCCUUUGAAGACUACCACCUAUUCAGAGGAGAGUGGCAGAAAUGAGUCAUUUUCAUCAGAUGGACUGCUUGAGUUAGUCCACACAGAUCUUGGCACACUAAGUAGACUCUGGCUUGCCGCACUUCAGGAUUUUGCUCUCUUAACUUUGCCUUCAGAAUUUGCCUCCCAACUUCCUGUUGAAGGUGGUGCUUUCUACACAGCAGAAACUGGUGAAAAUGCAAAAUUGCAUUAUUACAGCUCCUGGGCACUUAUCCUCCAGGCUGCGGCAUUGUGGCUUACGAGUACGGGCUUUGUUGCUGCUGACCCAGAUGAAGGCACAGCUAAUCUUUCAAGGCCUGUAACACCAACUUCCAUGUGUCAGGGUUCAUCAUCUGGAGCUGCAGUGAAGUCCCCUGAGGAUGUCUACACUGAGAGAUUCCAUCUUAUUUUAGGAAUCAGUGUGGAAUUUCUGUGCUCCUUGCGCUCAGAUGCAACCAUGGAAAGCAUUACUGCUUGUUUACAUGCAUUACAGGCCCUUCUGGAUGUUCCUUGGCCCAGAUCUAAAAUUGGCAGUGAUCAGGACUUGGGUAUUGAGUUGUUGAAUGUUCUGCAUCGAGUAAUUUUGACCAGAGAAUCACCUUCCAUUCAGUUGGCUUCACUUGAAGUGGUAAGGCAGAUUAUAUGUGCAGCUCAAGAACACGUGAAAGAGAAAAGAAGAAGUGCAGAAGUUGAUGAUGGGGCUGCUGAAAAGGAAACCCUGCCAGAGUUUGGAGAGGGAAAGGACACAGGAGGACUUGUGCCUGGGAAGUCUUUGGUCUUUGCAACACUGGAAUUGUGUGUAUGCAUUCUAGUUAGACAGCUCCCAGAACUAAAUCCUAAAUUGACAGGUAGCCCAGGAGUAAAAGCUGCAAAGCCGCAGAUGCUGUCAGAAGAUGGCAGUAGAUUGGUUUCAGCUGCACUGGUUAUUCUAUCUGAACUUCCUGCAGUAUGCUCUCCUGAAGGAAGCAUCUCAGUUCUUCCUACUAUACUGUACCUCACAAUUGGGGUCCUCAGAGAAACUGCUGUGAAGUUACCUGGGGGCCAAUUGUCUUCAACAGUUGCAGCUUCCCUACAAGCUCUGAAAGGAAUAUUGUCUUCUCCCAUGGCCCGAGCAGAAAAGAGCCACACUGCUUGGACUGCCCUUCUCCGUAGUGCUUUAACAACAAUUCUUGACUGUUGGGAUCCAGAUGGAACACACCAAGAACUUGAUGAAGUCAGUCUACUUACUGCUGUGACAAUAUUUAUUUUGUCUACCAGUCCAGAAGUAACUACUAUCCCAUGUCUUCAGAAACGCUGUAUUGAGAAAUUUAAGGCCACUCUUGAGGUGAAAGAUCCUAUAGUACAAAUCAAGACCUAUCAACUCCUACUUUCCAUUUUUCAAUAUCCAAACCCAGCUAUUUCCUACCCGUACAUUUACUCGUUAGCAUCAUCUAUCGUGGAAAAACUGCAGGAAAUAGAUAAGAGAAAACCUGAAGACACUACAGAGCUUCAGGUCUUUCAAGAAGGAAUAAAGGUCUUGGAAGCACUGGUGGCCAUUGCUGAAGAGCAGCAUCGCUCUCAGCUGGUGGCCUGUCUUCUGCCCAUCCUCAUUUCCUUUCUUUUGGAUGAGAAUACUGUGGGGUCAGCAACUUCCGUCAUGAGAAAUUUACAUGACUUUGCUUUGCAAAAUCUCAUGCAGAUUGGGCCUCAGUAUUCCUCAGUUUUUAAAAGUUUAAUGGCUUCUUCUCCAUCCUUGAAAGCCCGCCUGGAGGCUGCUAUAAAGGGCAAUCAGGAAAGUGUCAAAGUCAAGAUACCUACACCUGAGCGUGCCAGGAACCCUGGAAAGAAUUCAAGUAUCCAAUUAAAAACCAAUUUCCUCUGAUUUUUUUUCCCUUUUUUAAUAGUAAGCACCUUAAUGUAAUACUUGAUCAUUUCCUUCUCUUGGGGGACAAAAAUUUUUAGACAGAAGUACAUUUGGAUGCCUGAUUGAUUGUUAAAUAGCUGUGACUUUUCAAAGUGACAGUAAACUAACAUUUUUUUGUGGUUCCCCACACCCCCACACUCUUAAUAAAACCACGGAAUUCCUGCCAGGUUUUUCAAGAAAGUACUAAAGAACUGAACUUACUAAACAAUCCACUGCUUUAAAAAUGAAUGGAUUUCGUCUGAGAGUUCGUAUAUACAUGGUAUACUUAAUACUGUGACAGAUAAGUUUGACUCCAGAAUAAAUUAUCUGCAUUUAUAUUCUAUCCCAACCACUAAUUUAAAAUUCUUCCAUACUUUCUUGGAUUUCUAAAACAAGAUAAGUGAUUUGAAAGCUGCUUAGGAAACUUGGUCUAGAAUUAUCCAAUAUAUGUUGUUAUUAGGUGCCCUCUAGUGAAUUCCGACUCAUGGUGGCCCUGUGUACAUCAGAAGAAACACUGCUUGGUCCUGUGCCAUCCUCACAGUCGUUGUUACGCUUGAGCCCAUUGUCACAGCCACUUUGUCAAUCCAUCUCUUUGAGGAUCAUGUACUUUUUCACUGACCCACUAUUUUACCAAGCAUGAUGUCCUUCUCCAGGGACUGGUCCUUCCUGAUAACAUGUCCAAAGUAUGUGAGACAAAGUCUCACUAUCCUUGCUUCUGAUGAGCAUUUUCAAUAUAUGUUAAUACAAGCUAAUAACAGCCCUUCAGUGUGAUUUAAGAUUCGGUAUCUAAAAUAGAACUUUUCACCAUUUUUUGCUUUAGGUUCAGGGUUCAGGAAGUGAAAGUUUUGCUCAUUUUAGAUUAGAGUAGGGCAUCUCCACCUAUGUCUGAAAUGGAUUUUCGGAUUCUCUGUUACCUCCAUGUCUCACAAUUUUGUUCAUUUUCACAUGUGGCAAACAUAUCAAUGCGUUUAGUAUACAUAUAGAGUCAUAUCUAUAUUGUAUUUCAAUCACACUAUGAGUUUAUAUAAUAAAUUUAGAUCAUUAGGUAGAAGUAUGUUUUUUUAACAUGAAACAUUUUAAUAUAGAAAAAAAUCUAAUGAUAAAGUCAUUUGUUGAAAAGUAUUUUGUAAUUGUUGCUAAUCAUUGACUUAGCAUCUACUUAAAUGUUACACUGUAUGAAUCAAGCACUAUGUCAAGACAUUUCCUUGUUAAAAAUUAAAAAUGGAAGUGACGGGGGCAUAAUCAGAAUUGAGAAAACACUUUAACUCAAACAAGAGCAAUGUGAUAUACUCUAUUUUAUUAUGUUUUGUAUAUAAAUACUCUUGUAAAUCAUUCAGAUGAAAACAUUUGACAAAUUCUAACACUACAGUUUUUCUAAUUUACGUAAAUAAAGCUAAUUUUCUUUA